CCCUCAUCCGCGCCAUCACUGCGCUUCCUUCACGACGCCGAUGGUUGCCCCGGCGCCGCUGAGCUCGAAGCGCUCCCCGUUGACUUCUCCAUGCACAUGUACUGCUUCACUUACGGCCUCCUUGUCUACGAUGGCCGCUCCGUCGUCGUCGCCUCAUCGCUGGCGCACAUAUAUUGCCAGGUGCAGCAUUGUCAGCGACGCCGUGAAGGUGUUCGACAAAAUGCCCAAGAGGGACGUGGCCGCGUGGAUCGCGGUCUCCUGGUACAUGCAGAAUGGGGAAUGCGGGGAGGGAUUGCGCUGUCUGGUGUGGUGGAGAUUGUCAGGCAGGCACACGGACGAUGGCGAGGCCAAAUUCACGGACCAAGAGUGGCUUGGAGGCGUGCGAGCUUAAUUUGAGCAUAGAGGUCAAGACUGUUGUUCCGGUUGGAGCUUAGAGAGCAUGGAGUUGUUCCAGGAGAUGGAGUCAGGUCUGCGGCCUAACGAGGUUCUUGCGUCCGGUGUUGAGACGCAGGCACGAAGCGUCAGCACACGAGGAGCCCAAGAUGGCACCGGCUUGACAUCCAGGCAUCCAUUGCCGUCGUGCUUCUCCUGCUCCAGGAGGUCAUGCUUUCAUCAAAACCAUCUUGCCGCCACAACUUGUGAAAGCUCAGAUGCCCUAUAGGUAUUCUAUAAAAUGCACAAGAGUCAAUCUUGCAGCACAAUGGUUGUAGUCAUA